AUGUCAGGAGGAGGAGGAGGAGAAUCUGUAUUGAAGAAGAUGUUAAUAGUGGAGGAAUGCAUUAAUGUGACGGAAGGAAGAAGAAGAAGAGAAAUUAUGUCUAUCGUUGGUGAGGCCUUUCUGACUGCUUCUAUUGACAUGCUGUUCAAAAAGUUGGAUUCAACUGCACUGUUGCAGUUUGCAAACCAGGAUCUAAUCCAAGAAGAUCUUAGCAAGUGGAAGAAAAUAUUGUUGAAGAUUAAGGCAGUGCUUCACGACGCAGAGGAGAAGCAAGUGAGGGAGGAGACAGUGAAGAUCUGGCUGGCUGAACUUCGGAACUUGGCUUACGACGUGGAAGACAUGCUGGAUGAGUUUGCCACUGAAGCUUUGCGGAGAAAAUUGUUGAAUGAUCCUGAUCAAGCCAGCACAAGUAAGGUACGGAAGCUAAUCCCUUCCUUCUGUAGCUCCUUGAAUCCAAGGACUGUAAAGUUCAAUUCCAUGAUGAUGUCCCAAAUAAAGGAGAUCACUACCAGAUUGCAAGAUAUUGCAACCCAAAAAGACCAACUGGGUUUGAGAGAAUAUUCAGGAGGAAAGUCCAGAAAUGCCAGACAAAGACUACCCACAUCCUCUUUGGUGAAUGAAGCCAAAGUUUUUGGUAGGGAAAGGGAUCACGAGGCAAUAGUUGAAUUAUUGUUGAGGGAUGAUUUAAGUACCGAUGAUGGAAUCCCUGUUAUUCCUAUAACAGGGAUGGGUGGGGUGGGCAAAACAACUGUUGCUCAACUUGCUUAUAAUGAUGUUAGAUUGGAAGGACAUUUUGAUCUUAAAGCUUGGGUUUGUGUUUCGGAAGAAUUUGAUGUUAUCAGGAUCACAAAAACAAUCCUACGUUCCAUUCACAAAACUAUAAAUAAGGGAGACGAGAAAGAUUUUAACAAGCUUCAAGAGGAACUGAAAAGAAAAUUGUUUAAGAAGAAGUUUUUGUUUCUCUUGGAUGAUAUUUGGAACGAGAAUCCUAAUGAAUGGACUGUCUUACGCCGUCCAUUUGAAGUUGGGUCACCAGGAAGUAAGAUUAUUGUCACAACUCGUAAUGAAGGUGUUUCGACAAUGAUGGGUACUCUUCCAGCCUAUCCAAUGAAAGAGUUGUCAAAUGAAGCUUGUUUGUGUAUAUUCACACGGUGUUCAUUGGGAAGAACAGAUUUUAGUAUGCAUCAACACUUAAAAGGCAUUGGCAAGAAGAUAGUAAGCAGGUGCAAUGGCUUGCCUUUGGCAGCGGAAACCUUCGGUGGCCUUUUACGUGGUAAACUCAACUAUAGUGAUUGGGAAGAAGUGUUAAAUAGCAAAGUAUGGGAUUUACCAGAAGAGAGAAGUAACAUUAUGUCAACUUUGAAGGGUUAUGAAUUUCCAAAAGAGGAGAUUAUUUUGUUAUGGAUGGCUGAGGGCCUGUUGCAGCAUAAAGAUAAAAAGAAGCAGAUGGAAGAUUUUGGUUGCAAGGUUUUUCAUGAUCUAAAAUCAAGGUCAUUUUUCCAACAAUCAAGUAAGGAUAAAUCACGAUUUGUGAUGCAUGAUCUCAUCAAUGAUCUUGCUCAAUGGGCUGCAGGAGAAAUAUACUCUAGGAUGGAUAAUAAGUUGGAUCUUGAUGUCGGACAAUGUGGAGUUUCUAAACUCUUCGCUAUUUAUCUUAUAUUCAUGAACCAUAUGAUGGUGUUAAAAGGUUUGAGGCCUUCUUUGAUGCCAAAUUCCUACGAACCUUUUUACCAGUGGCUUUGGCUAACUUGCAUCGGAGUUAUUUGA